AUGGUCCUGAAGGCUGGAAAGACCGGACUGAGUGGACCAGAUGAUUUUGAGGUGAAUACGGGCAGUGAUGAUGAUGGCGAACGGUACGCCGGCGGGAAAGUGUUGAAAGUGAUGCAGAAUGAGGGCGUGAUUGACGCUGUUGUAGUUGUCAGCCGGUGGUACGGAGGCGUCAUGUUGGGGCCUGUCCGCUUCACCCACUUCGAAACAUGCGCGCGUGAGGUGUGUCGGACCUUUAGACUCAAGGACGACAUUACUGCUGCACUUUCGACACUCACGUCUUUGGACGAUAUCCUCGCAUCGCUCCGCGCAGAUCUGGCAGCUUUAGACGAUUCCUCUAAUGCGAUUGGUGGCAUAGGGCAAUCACAGCCAAAGAAAUCACAGGAUUACACUGCGCUGGAGGAGUCCUUGGACGUCGCCAAAGCUAGAAGACUAAUCAAGGCACGAGAGAAUGCAAUCAAAAGCGUGAAGGCGGCCCUAAGAAAGGGGCAGGAAAAGCAGAAGGGGCAAGAUUGA